AAGUUUGAUUGUUUUCUCGGAAAGGGAGGUUACACCAUGGGUGAGUCCCCAGCGCUUCUAAGUUUUAGAUAAUUCAUUGGAUGGUCCUUCUAGUACUCACCCCCCGGAAGACGAACACGCUGACACACCAGGAAUGACAGCGGUACGAGCCUAGAAUCUGAGGAAUCUAAGAUGGAAGACAAAAACGGAACUAACAGCUCUCUGGAAAAAGAUCAAGGGAAGGACAAAGAAAGUGCUAACUCGACAGACGAGAGUCGCAAUCAGGGUAACACAUUCCCAUACCGGUCUGAACGAGACACUUGGCAGGUGGUGCGGCGAGGUCAGCAUUCCAUACCACCAAAGGAAGUUGCACAAAAGCGAGGAGGUGGAGGCUGUAACAAGAUGAAUGCAUCGGAGACGCCUCAUGGAAAACCCUCCCGUAAAGUUCAGACACAUAGACCAAAUGUUCAAAAGAGGGAAGAAAAUAAAGGGGCGUUUUCAGGGCGCGGCGACCGCGGCCGAGGGAGCAGGGGAAAAAGAGGAUGGGGUUCAGGAGCUUUUCGUGGAGGACAUCAAGGAAGAGGAGGGCCUGGUCACCAAGCCGGAGCAAAGCCACGUCAACGCCUCGAUCCAGCUUCCUUAGGAUUUACGCAGCCAGACAUCAGAUACGAACGGAACAAGUUGUAUAUUCUUGGCUUACAUUUCAGGUCAACACCGGAUGCUGUGAAGAAUUACAUAGAACGAAUCAGUGGUUAUGAUGUUAAUCGCGUGGAAUGGUUCAAACCGAAUGGAAAAGCCAUAGUCACGCUAAACACGGACAAAAUUUCAGAUUUUUCAAGGAUUAUUCAGGAAUCGAAGAAAAGGCCGCUUGAAGGUGUAACCGUUACAAUUGAAAGAGCUCCUGAAUGUAAAAGUAUCUUUGUGAGUGGAUUUUCUGAGAUUACAACUAAAGAAAAAGUGGAAGAGUACUUUUUUAGUUGGGGUUCUUUAGAAGAUGUUGCCUUCAGCCCAUGGGAUGAAAAUGGAAAGGAGAAGAGAGCUAUUGUGUACUUCAAAGAAAAGAAAAGUGUGAAAAAAUCUACCAAGACAGAUCACUUCAUAGAUGGAAAAGCUUUACAUGUUGAGACCUUCUUUCCUUUUAUGGGCACACUGCUCCCUGUCAACGAACCGUCAAAGUCAUCACGUCCUACUUCGGGUGAAGUGGGAAGAACCUGGCAGCCCCAGUUUUACAAGGCUGUAGACAAAGACAUCGUGGAGUUUUUGAUGAAGUCCAACCAAGAGGCCAAAUUGAGAGGACGUCUUCAUUCGAGUGAACAUGCCGGCGUAAGGUGGACGAACGAUGAGGGAUAUCUACUGAUCAAAUAUGACACCACAGCAGGCAAAAGAGUUGACAAGGAGUUUGACGAGGAAGCCUGGAAAAAGAGAUGUUCCGAUAUAAUCGACCAAUUUAUUGACGAAUCCACAACAAGAGAAUUUCCAGUAGACAGAGAAUUUUGGGAAGGAGUGGUUGACCAGUUGCCAAAACCGGAAAACCUUCUUCCGAAGUUCACAGCGCAAGUGAAGCUACUGAAGGAGUCCCACUCCGUUAAGUUGAUUUGCCAGAAGACAAACCUGCCAGAAUUUGCUGAAAUCCUCGAUAGGCGUUUAAAGGAUAUCAAACAGGAGGAACUCGAAAAAAAGCUGGAUCAGAAGACGCUCACAGAUAUCGCCAUUGAAAAGCUACAACUUCUUCAAAAUUGUGGAUUUGAGAACGUUUUGAAGAAGGUGUUUAAUCAAGAUCUUCAACUUAAGAUUGACUUGAGUAACAGGAACCUUCUAAUAAAAACUCCCAAGGGACACAUGCCAUCGGUCAUGACCUAUCUUAGGCAGCGCUUGGACGAAAUUGAUCAAAACGCAAUAUCGCAGCCCCCAGAAAUUUUAGAAAUCUUGAAGACAAAAGUCGGAAAACGAAAGAUGACGCAGGAACUUCCAGACGGAUGUGCCUUUAAUGUCGAUGAAAAAAGCAAAAAAGUUAUCCUCCUCGGGAAAACACUUUCUCACACGUGUGAAGGAAGAAAAAAGGCAGAGACAGUCCUGUUAGAUGACCGUAGUCUCAAGGUAACCGAAGCUGAUAAUGACCUCAUGCUUUCACCAAAGUGGGAUGAGCUUUGUAAGAAGUUAGUGAAACGCCUAACGAUCCGUCAAAAACGUGAAUUGCUUUGCAUUGCUGUCUUUGGGUUCAAAAACGACGUUGAAGAGGCUGUAAAGAAAAUGAGAGACUUUCUUAAUGAAAAGAAAGCAACCGAAGGUGAAUUCAGGCUCGAUUCUCCUCUCAAUCGCAAGUUCUUCACCGACUACUACAAAGAAGAUCUUCAGAAAAUUGUGGAAGAACUCGCCCCCUGUGCGGUGAAGAUUUCUUUAGAUGAAAGUGGCGAUCGAAUGAAGUAUUCUGGAACAGACGACGGCGUGAAGGAUGUUGAAGAACGGAUUUAUAUUCUGCAAGACCAGAUCAAAGAAAAGAGUUUCCCUAUUCGGACACCUGGCAUGAGAAACUUCAUGGCGCAAGAUGCGGGAAGACGUUUAGUUGACACCGUGGAACGAGAAAACAAGUGUAUCAUCAGCAUUGCGGAGGAAGACGAGGAGCAAGUUGAGGACGAAAUGGAAGGAAGUGACAGUGAUGAGCCUUCGAGCAUCAGCAGCAGAGGUGAGGAGGACCUUGAUGAUGUCGACACAUUUUUUACCAAGGAGGGAAAAAAGGUGAUCUGGAAGAGUGGAAAUAUUGAGGAAGAACAGGCAGACAUCUUGGUGUGCUCAGUGGGAUCAAAAUUUAACCUUACGAUCGGUGCAAUUGCCAAUGCCAUUAGCAAAGCUGCAGGGCCGGAGCUGCAAGAAGAGUUGAGAAAGAAGACGACAGGAGGGACGCUGGGCGAAGGUGAUAUUGUCCACACUGGGGCAGGACACUUGGAUUGCCGUCAUGUUAUCCACUGUGUGUGCUGUCCUUGGAAAGGAAAUCCUCAAGACGAGCAGCUUCUACAGGAUCUACUUCGAAAGUGCUUUGACAAAGCUUCGGAGCUUGGUGCAUGCUCUAUUGGCCUACCUCUUGUUGGAACCGGUAACCUUAAUUUUCCCUAUGCCACAGCUGUCCAGAUUAUGAUCCAGGCAGCUGUCGACUACAGUCACGCCAAUCCAGAAUCUCCCUUGGAGGAAAUUAGAUUUGUCGUGUUUAGCAGUGAUCAGAAAGGGAUAGCAACCUUCGAAGAGAAAUUUGAAGAGUUUAAGAAGGAAAACAGACCUGAUGUGAAACCUCGAAAGCCACAGAUUCGCGAAAGCAAACUUAAACCUGUUCCGCCUGACUUUGAAUACAAAGAGGUUCAAAUCGGCGACCUUUCGUUGAAGGUGUUGAAAGGUGACAUAACCAAGGAGAGAUCAGAUGCCAUAUGUAACGUAAUAUCUCAAGAUCUGAACAUGAAAAGUGGGACCUUAAGCAGUGCUAUCCUGGCAGCUAGCGGAAGCACCGUGGAAGACGAGUUACAGUCCCAGGCACCUCAGCCCCCAGGAGAUAUCGUGACUACUUCUGCUGGAUACUUGUCUGCAAUACACAUCAUCCAUAUGGUUGUGGGACCAAGAACAAAGAAAUGUCUUCAAACCUGCGUGGAGAAGGCUCUCAAUAAAGUGGAUGCACUGGGUUUGAAGUCAGUGUCCAUUCCAGCAGUUGGUACCGGAGGACUAGGGCAAACCGCUGAGCAAUCGGCACAAGUUGUUUUUGGGGCGAUCCGUGUGUGCACCGCAAAACCAUUCAAUUCCAUUCGUGAGGUCAGAGUAGUUGUUUUUGAUGUUUCCUUCAUUUGUGCGUACUUAGCGGAACUAAACGCAAUCCAAAAAGAAACCUCAGAAUCCUCUCCGUGUGGUGAAGAAGACGAUGAUCUUAAUUAUNGUCUUUUGAGUUCUAUAGCCUUAAGUGACAUUGAGCAUGAUCGGAUCGAGUGGGAAUCUCUAGCUACUGCUUUUGCAGAAGUACUACGGGCUCUUGAAAAUCAUCUCAAAACUGUAGCAGUAAACCCUUCAUCAAUUUCUCGACGUAAAUGUAAAAUUCUCAGAACGGGAAACCCUGGGAGACCACAGUUCUAUAUAUCUACUGACACGUUGGAAGAUCUUCCCGGACUUGGAUUUUCAUUGUAA